AUGACGUCAAAUUCACCAACAAAUGGAAAAAAUUCAUUAACAUUUGAAAGUAUUGUAUGUUCACAAUUGGAAUUAAAACGACAUGCAGCAUCAUUUACAAAUCGUCGAAAUACAAUGUGUAGACGAUUAUCAUAUAUUCCAUCAUCAUCACCACCAUCAUCAACAACAACAACAACAACAGGAACAGCAAUAUCAAUAUCACCAUUAAAUGCUCGAGCAUCAACAUCAUCAGCAUUAGCUGAUUUGUCAAUACAUUUUUUAAAAACAAAAGAUUCAACAAAUGAUAGAAAACGUAGUCGAGCAUCAUCAUUUAAUUCGACGACUGGAAAUACUUUACGUCAAAGUGUUGCAGAACGACAAUCAGUUGGUUCUAUAUUAUACUGGGAUCCAUCAAGAAAUCCAUCAACUACUAGACAUGAAUCACAAGUAUCUAAAUGGAGUAUUGAUUUUCAUAAAGAUACACCACAUUACGGAAGUUUACGAUCACGUUUAGUUGAAGAGUAUACUGAUUGUGAAUCAUUAUUAGAAUUUGCUAAGAAAACUGUACUUGUACUUAUACAAACAAAAGUAGCAACAGUUUUUCUUGGUCUUCUUCUUAUUCUUCCUAUUACAAUGAUGAGUAUUGGUGUUAGUCAUUUAAGUGAUUGUCCAAAACAAACACAUUUACCUAUUUAUUUAUUUGUUGCUGGUAUUGUAUGGACAACAAAACUUCUUCAAAAUAUUUGGCAUAAAUAUCGUUUACAACAAAAAGCAUCAAAUGAUGAAGAACCACCAUCAGAACGUAAUGAUGGUCAUGCAUUUAUUGAUGGUUUAAUGACAUCAUUUCUUAUUAUAUGGUUUUUCUUAGGACAUUAUUGGUUAUCUACUCUCGGUUAUCCAAUACAAUUUGAACAACCAUUAGAAACUCCUGAUGUUUGGUGUGAUAAAUCCGUUGUUUUAUGUACAAUUGCAUCUAUAUUUAUUACUUAUUUUAUAUUAAUUACAUUUAUUAUUAUUGUUGUGUGUCUUGUAUGUUGUACACGAUAUACAAUCAUUAAACGAGCAUCAUCUAGUCAAAUAUGA